AUGGCUUCUAUCUCUUCCAGAAGACUUGCAAAGGAGCUCAACGAAAUUCACGCACAGGGAUGCCCAGUGGGCAUAGAACUCAAACAAGCUGAUGACUUUGUAACCUGGAGGUUUAGUAUAGAAGUCAUGGGCGAAUCGUUAUACAAGGGGGAGAAGCAUCUACUACAGUUUCGCUUCGAUCCUAGCUAUCCCAUCUCCUCUCCAGCGGUACAAUUCGUGGUGGAGGAUGGAAGGGAAGCACCUAUACAUCCACAUGUUUACUCCAACGGUCAUAUAUGCGCGUCUAUCCUGGGGAACGAAUGGUCGCCCGUCUUGAGCGUAGUCGCUGUGUGCGUCACGCUUCAAAGCAUGCUCGCUUCCUGCAAGAAGAAGGAACGCCCGGUGGAUAAUGAUAGAUACGUGAAGAACGCCCCUGAUAACCCUAAGAAGACCCGCUUUCAUUACGAUGGUCCGUAUCUUUUCCUUCGCUAUCUACCCGCUACCGCAACUCGUGAUUGA